CCUCAAGGGCACCCACUAGGGCUCUCUAGGAGGCCCCAAGUAAACACUAGUAGAAAGUAGAUUGAGCAACUUUCCACCGAGUCACACAGUUUAAAUCAGCUUCCAUUAAGCUCCGAUCUCCCUCUCUGUCUUCUCCUCCGAGGAUCCUUCACUGAAAUUACAGCUACAUAACUUCAAUCCAGCUUCAGGGAUAAUAAUGUCUUAUUUUAAAUACAAAAAGGAAUUAAACUGAACAAGAAGAAGAAGAAGAAUCAGGUGGUUUUCAGGGCAUUCAUCAUCUUGGAGAUAUGGAGCUGCCAUCAAUAUUGUAUCUAAAGUUCUUUGAAACAGCUCCUGAUGGGAAGAGUCGAAAUUGCAAGUUCUGCAAGCAAAGCUAUCCUAUUACAACGGCUUUAGGGAAUUUGGGAAGGCAUUUGAAAUAUUACCAUCCGGGAUAUGAUAAGAUGGAUGAUGCAAUCUUUAGUUUAUCGCCACAACCCAUCACAAUUGUAUCGUCUCUGGGUGAUGUCAACGCCAGACCAUCUCCGCAGCCCAUCACAGCUGGAAGGGAAACCGCUGAUAAUAAUGGUGGUGCUGCCCCCAGGUCGUCGCUGUGGCCCAUGGCAAGUGUAACCAAGAUGGAUGAUAAGAUGAGUAAUGCCUUCCCAAGCUCAUCGCAGCUGUCCAUCCCAACUGUGUCGCAGGGCGCUGAUACGAUGGGUGAUGCCAUAUCCCGCCCAUCUCCGCAGUCAAUAACAACUGCAUCAAACAGGGAUGUGGAACCUAAAAACACCACGGAAAUAGUUGAGGCGGCAUCAUUGUAUCUCAAGUUCUUUGAAACAGCUCCUGACGGGAAGAGUCGAAGUUGCAAAUUCUGUAACCAAAGCUAUCCUGUACCAACAGCCUAUGGGAAUUUGGGAAGGCAUUUAAAAUACCGGCAUCCUGAAUAUGAGAAGAUGGGUGAAGUCCUCUCCAGCCCAUCCCCGCAACGCAUUGCAACUGUAUCAGAGAGGGCUGAUAAGAUGGGUAAUGCUAUCCCCAUCCCAUCGCCACAGCCCAUCGCAACUGUGACGGAAACAGCUGCGAAGAAGCCUGAAGCCGUCCCCAGGCCGUCGCUGCAGCCUAUCACAACUGUGGCCAAGACGGCUGAUAAGGGAAAUGUAACUCCUGCAGCAAAACCAACGGAAAAUUCAGUGACUUCGUUCUUUAAAAUAUCUCUUGAUGGGAUGAGUCAAAUUUGCAAACUUUGCAACCUUAGCUAUUCUAUUGCAACGGCGAUUGGGAAUUUGCAAAGGCAUCUGAAGCAUCGUCAUCCUGAUGAAUAUGAUAAGAUGGGUGAUAUCGUCUCAAACUCAUCGACACAGCUUAUCACAACUGCAUCGAAGAGUAAUACUGUGGAUCUUGACAAUCUGAACUGGUUACUACUUAGGUGGCUCAUGGGAGGUUCUUUUCCUCCCUCUGCGUUGCAAGAUAAGUGGCUAUCAAACUCCUUCAAGUUUGUCAAUCCCAUGGUCAAAUUAUGGUCGAAUGAAAGGCUUCAAGCUAUCAUUCGGGAGGUAUUCAAAAGCACGCGGGAAGAUGUAAAGGCUUCAUUAGAACUUGUUAACUCUAAAAUCUCACUUACCCUUGAGUUCUGGACUUCCUACGAACAAAUCUUCUACAUGAGCGUCACUGGCCACUGGAUUGAUGAGAGCUGGUCUCUGCAUAAGGUUCUUCUUGACAUUUCUCGCAUACCUUAUUCAUGCUCUGGUGCUGAUAUCUACCGCGCUAUUGUGAAAGUCCUCAAGAUUUACAACAUUGGAAACAAAAUUCUCUCCUGCACCCAUGAUAACAGUCAGAAGGCCGCCCAUGCUUGCCUCACACUAAAAGAGUAUUUGGAUGGUCAGAAUUCAAUGGCCUUCUGCUAUAUCCCAUGUGCUGCUAGAACACUAAACCUAAUCAUAGGGGAUGGUCUGAGCAAUGCAAAACCUGUGAUAUCUAAAAUACGGGACUUCGUACUCGAAUUGAACACGUCUCCAGCAAUAUCAUCUGAUUUCAAGCAAACAGCAUCAGCAUAUCAAGAAGGUUCAUGGGAAUUCCCUAUUGAUGUUUCAACUCGAUGGAGUGGCAGUUAUGCAAUGCUGGAUAUCGCGCGCAAGGCCUCUAAAUCCAUGGAUGCUGUUAUAAGAAAGCAUGCAGAUACUCUGGAUGGUAGUUGCAUUCUCCUGAACCCUGGAGAGAAAGUUUCUGUCAGUAUCAUGCACCUAUUCCUUGAGCCGUUCCAGAAGACCGCAAACAACAUUUGCACAAGCAAAAUCCCAACUGUUGGACUGGUACUACUGUUUAUGGAUCAUGUCUUCGAGAUGAUUUCUGCUUGCAGGGGUUCCCGCAAUGCCCCAGACUGGCUAAAGAAAUGUGCUGAAGAUAUGGCGAUAAAGGGUAAGAUCUAUAACGACCAAGUACAUAACUUAUACACUUACAUGGCGGUAAUCCUCGAUCCAAGGAUAAAAGUUGAACUUAUCCCUGAAAGAUUCAAACUGGAAAGCAAUCUGCAAGAGGCAAGGGACCAUUUCAUGAGGAAUUAUUCCCAUUUUCCAACACCGGCUAAUGGGUACAACCCUCAGGAAAAUGAUGAUGGAGGCAAUUGGAAAAGACGUAGAGUUGACAUGCCAACAUCUACAGAUGAGCUCAGCCAGUAUUUGUCCGAGGCUCCAUCUCCCAUCACCACUGAUAUCUUAGACUGGUGGAAACGAAACAGUUCUAAGUACCCACGUUUAUCUGUAAUGGCUCAAGAUUUCCUGGCUGUCCAGUCCACUUCAGUUUCGCCUGAUGAGGCUUUCAGUGAAAAAGGUGAUGAGGUUGAGAAUCAAAGGUUUUGUCUUCCCUGUGCUAGCACACAGCCAAUGUUGUGCAUGAGGGCAUGGAUUGAGAGUGGUUUCAAAUUGAAGUACCGGUCAGCAGAAGUCGACUUUGAAAAGCUUAUGGAGCCUGUCAUGAGGGCCUAGUACUGACGCCCCUACAACCUCAGGUAUUCCUCUACUUAUAUGCAAGUUACGCAGUCGAAAAGUUGUCAAGGAGGUUAGUGUUUCCAUUGAUGUUUGUACAUUUAUAUUUUGACAUUGUACAGACUGCUGACAUUGUUGUAACAGGCUAACAACAAAAAAAUGGAUAUUUAGUAUGUUUUAUCUGUUGAACAUUUUGCACAAA